GUCGGCGGCUCCGGGCGCCUCCAGCUCCGGCUCGGGCUCGGGCUCCGGCUCCGGCUCCGGGCGCCGACCAGGUCCCCUUGGCCCCCGCCGCGCGCCCUCCAACCUGCUGCUGCCGCUGCCGCGCCCCCCAGGCUCUGCCAGCUGCCCGCGCUCUGAGCCCGGGGCCGGAUUCCCAUGGAAGCGCCGCGAUGUUCGCCCCCCGGCUGCUGGAUUUCCAGAAGACGAAAUACGCGAGGUUCAUGAACCACCGAGUCCCUGCCCACAAGAGGUACCAGCCCACAGAGUAUGAACAUGCGGCCAACUGUGCCACCCAUGCUUUCUGGAUCAUCCCCAGCAUCCUGGGCAGCUCCAACCUCUACUUCCUUUCGGAUGACGACUGGGAGACCAUCUCCGCCUGGAUCUACGGCCUCGGCCUCUGCGGCCUCUUUGUGGUAUCCACCGUGUUUCACACCAUCUCCUGGAAGAAGAGCCACCUCAGGAUGGUGGAACACUGUCUACACAUGUUCGACCGGAUGGUUAUCUAUUUCUUCAUAGCGGCUUCCUACGCACCCUGGCUGAACCUUCGGGAGCUGGGCCCCUGGGCCUCCCACAUGCGCUGGCUGGUCUGGAUUAUGGCUUCCGUGGGCACCAUCUAUGUCUUCUUCUUCCACGAGCGGUACAAGCUUGUGGAGCUUCUCUGCUACGUCGUAAUGGGCUUCUUCCCCGCCCUGGUCAUCCUCUCCAUGCCCAACACCGAGGGCAUCUGGGAGCUGGUGACCGGAGGGGUCUUCUACUGCCUGGGCAUGGUCUUCUUCAAGAGUGACGGGAGGAUCCCCUUUGCCCACGCCAUCUGGCAUCUCUUUGUAGCAUUUGGUGCUGGUACCCACUACUAUGCCAUCUGGAGGUACCUCUAUCUGCCUAGCACCCUGCAGACCAAGGUGUCCAAAUGAGGUGACCAGACUCCAGAGGUUGUUUGGGCUUUAGGAGUGGAGCACGUUUAUGUGAACGUUAACCCAGAGCACAGCGCCAAGGCCUGUCUUCCCUUCAUUGGGUAGAGUUCUUGAUGGCUCCGAGGUGACUUCUAGUGACAGCCAGAUCGUCCCUCGAGUACCCAGCGAGAAAGAAAGCAUUUAGCCAUUCUUACAGAGGAGAAAUUAACCCUGUAAUGUGUUUCUAUUUUAGAUGAGUGUUUCCUAAUACAAGCAACAUUAACAUCUUCAGAAAAGGAAGCAGGCGUGGUCCUGGAAAAUUGGGGAAUGACGGGCCAAUCUGUGUUUCUUAAGGUCCUGAGGAAUCUGGCAAGGAGUCCUGUGGGUUGUUUAUACCUGGGUGGCCAGGGCCUCCCUCUCUGCUACCAAAGUCCAGGGUGGCGAAUUGUCUCCGGUUCAGGGAAAGGGGACAGCCCAGCUUGAAGAUGAGGGAUGGUGAAUGGCUGUGACCAUGGCAGACAUCACCAAUCAAGUGCAGCACAUGGGUGAUGUCAGAAUUGCUCCCAGCACAGUGUUCUGGGCAGCCAGUACCAAUCAAUUUGGCACUCAUGAUGGGACCUCUUCGCCCUUCCUGUCUGGUGUGCUCUGAAAUGGGAUAAUGGCCAGAGUAGCUGAAAAUCUCCAAAUGGGCAUUCACAUGCCUAUCUCCUCAUCUCCCCCUCCCUUUUUGGAAGCUCCUGGAGUAGGCAGUUUGGGGGCAGUAGAGGGAAACUGAGGCACACACCCACACAGCCCCUGAUGUUCUGUUCCACCGUAGUUGGUGCUCAGUACAGUUGGGGAUGAGGAUGCUGUUACAUGGCCAUUUCUUCCCAUCCCCAAAAAUCCAGAGACAUUACGAGAGCCAUUCAUUCAUAAGAUGGGGCAAACAGCCCCCAGGCACUUGCUCCUUGUUCCAUACUUAAGGUUUGUGAUGCCAACAUUUGGAUUCUCUCUUGGUGCCAAUCAGUGGCUGUUAGAGGCUACUCAGGUGUACCCCAAAGGGAAGGCACACAGAUCUGGGGAGACUGUUCCAGGUCCCCCUAACCUCUGAAGUGCCCAGUAGCCCAACAACAAGGCUUCUGGGGGCCUGUUCUUCAGCCUCCGUCAGGGUGGGGACAGCCUCUUUGUCCACUGCUGCCUGGACAUUUACUGGGGAGGUGAGUAGCUGGCCCAGCUCCAGGAUCUGAAUUGGAAUCUCAGAUUCUCUGGAUAAAGAAUCUGUCUCAAGUCAGGAGGUCCUCAUUCUGCGACUCCCAACCAGGGUGGAGUGGGCACAGACAGGAUGCCUUAUGCUUAUCUCUAGCACAUUCCAGGGGGUUCCAGGGCUCCUGCAGCUGGAAUCCAGUGUGUGCAAGCCAGUAUUAAUUUAUCUCAACACAUUCCACAGAUCAGACUGCCUCCGUGCUGGGAGAUGCUGUGUGGAUAGCUUUUGUCCUCCUGCCCAUGUGUGUGUGCGUGUAUAUGUGCAUGUGUGUGCAAACGUGUGUCUACACAGGCACUCCUAAUGCCUGGAAGCUGUCUUCGGUAAGCCUUCCCUGUGGAGCUCACCAAAUAUUUCCCACCAGCUGGGGUCAGGGCUGGAGGUCAGUGGGGAAACUUUUGCAGGGGAGGGCUGGUUGGAGAGAGACUCGCUCUCAAAUGGGGACAGAGACACUGAAAACUUGACCUCUGCCUGGGCCUGGGGCUGGGAGAUGGGGUUCUGGGGGUUCUGGGGUAUUGUUUAGGAGACCUCCCAAGGCAUGGCACCAUGCCAGGCCAAGAUAAAAUCCUGUGAUCAAGACGCUGAUGGACACCAAAGCACCUUCCUGGGACCAGUGACUUGGAACUACUCCUUCUUCCUUGCUUCCUUCUUUCCUCCUCCUCUUCCUCCUUCCCUCCCUCCUUUCCUCCCCUUCCUCCCAUUCCUCUCCUUCUUCCCUUUCUUCCCCUUCCUCCCCUCUUCCUCCUCCGCUUCCUCCUCCUUUUCCCCUUCUUCCUCUUCCCCUUCCUCCUCUUCCCCUUCAUCUUCCUCCUUCUCCUCCUCCUCUUCUUCUCAUUGCUGCCCCUUCUUCUUCUUCUCCUUCUUCUUCUUCUUCUCCUUCUUCUCCUUCUUCUCCUUCUUCUCCUUCUUCUUCUUCUUCUUCUUCUUCCUCCUCCUCCUCCUCCUCCUCCUCCUCCUCUCUUCCUCCUCCUCCUCCUCUUCUCCUCCUUCUCCUCCUCCUUCUUCUUCUUCUUCUUUUCUUCUAAGAUACUUUGACCUCUUUUCCUAUUUGGAUGGCUUGGGACUUCUUUAGUGGCCCCAUAGCAGCUGCUGACUCCUCAGUCUGACACCUGCACCUCCUGUGCCCCCUCCUCCUGGGCAUCUGGGCUUGCAUUUCCCCAGGACAGCCUGCUCCUUCAUGCCCCUGGAUUUUUGGAGGUGCUGGUCCUGCUGGUGGGAACUGUUGAUCCCCUUGUCCACGCGACUUACUCCUACUCAUCCUUCAAAGUCCAGCUCAGGCAUCAGCGUUGGGGAACUUCUGGCCUUCCUCUGACUUAGGGGCUUCCCCUCUGCUCCCUGUCAUGCCCCCUGCUCUCCGGCAUCACGGCUUGGAGCCCCAUCCUUCCUCAUGCAGCUACUUGCACCGGUCCCAGACCUGGGAGCUCCUGGAGGGAGGGACUGUGUCUUGCUGAACUUGGGAUCAAAUUCAGCAUAACCCCGGCAUUGUGGGGGCUUUGGUCAAUUUCCUAUCCUUUCUGAGCCUCAGUGUUCUCAGUUGCUAAAUGGGGAAGGCAGCACUUUAUGGGCUGCUUGAAGAUGCAGCAGGAUAACAAAUGCACAACACCACCUGCUCUCCUCAUUAGUUCUGUUGGCCUUCCAAUGGAAAGCAACCCCUGAUCCUGAAGAUCACACGAUUUCAGGGGUGUCAGCCAAAGGAAUGAAUCACUAAUGGUGGAAUUUCCAACUGUAGAUAGUCUGGUGAGAACCUGGAGGGCAUUCUGAAGGGCUUUGGCCACAUUUCCUCCCCUCACUCCAAUUCAGGACAUGCUUCACAUAAACCCUUUCUCUUCCCCAGCAUCAUUCUGGAAGUGAUUUUCCCAGGAUUCCAUUUCACCCAAGCCCAGACCCUGGAUGUCCUCCGAAUGUAUCCUAAGUAGUGCAGGAAAGGAAAUGAAUUUUCCUAGGCCAUUCUCUCCGGUGGGCAAGGCCCUGUCCUGGGAGCAUUCUAGGCUGCGCACUGGGUGUGUGGUGUGGAGAGGGGCGCCACGCGCAGUGGCUCACGCCUGUAAUUCCAGCACUUUGGGAGGCCGAGGUGGGUGGAUCACCUGAGGUCAGGAGUUCGAGACCAGCCUGGCCAACAUGGUGAAACCCCGUCUCUACUAAAAAUACAAAAAGUAGCCAGACAUGGUGGCGCAUGCUUGUAAUCUCAGCUACUUGGGAGGCUGAGGCAGGAGAAUUGCUUGAACCCGGGAGGCAGAGGUUGUAGUGAGCCAAGAUUGCACCACUGCACUCCAGAUUGGGCAACAAGAGCGAAACUCCGUCUCAAAAAAAAAAAGGGUGGGGAGGGCAUGCACCGGAAAUUCAGACAGCAACACUCUCUUCCUUUCCAUCCCUGGGGCCGUGAUGUUCCUGGUGACCCAGCAGAGCUGUCGUCAUGCCUCAGGGAGUCAGGAGAGCAGUUGGCAGCAGGCUGGCCUGUGUGACAUUCUGGACUCGCUGGCAUCUGCACCUGCGCUCAGUAGGCACUGCCAGGGCAGGAUGAGUGAAGGCAGGUGGGAGUGAGGCAGUGUCCUGCUCAGCAGACUCACAUUUGGGAGGGCAGCUGAAUCAGUGGCCCCAGCAACACACCUCCCACACCCCGGCUGCGUGCCCAGCUGGGAGGACUUCCCUGUAAGGCCCAGACAGAGCUUGGCUAAGGCUGUCCCCAGGGUCGACAGCCUCUCGGCCAGGGAAGGAUUUGAGUCAGCGUCACAGAGCAGAGCUGCCUUUCCCACUGGAUUGGAAGCUGAAGGUGUGGUGUGAGCGGUGUUGAGCCUUCUCCUUUCCAUCAGCUUCAGGCUCCGCGAGGGAGAAUCCUAGGAUAGCGCUUGAGGGUGAGCAGGGGGGUGCAGAUGGGCCCAGAACUGGAGAUCUAACGCCACCUUGGUUGUGGGUGGGGGGCUUGCACAGGGGGAUGACAGCACUGAAGGCUUACAGAACACUUUUACAGUCCCCAAUUUUCAGCUUCCCAAACUCUCGUUUGUUUUUGGUUUUGUUUUGACAUGGAAUCUCGCUCUGUCGCCCAGGCUGGAGCUCAGUGGCGCAAUGUCGACUCACUGCAACCUCAGCCU